AUGCUGGUUCUUGUUCUGCUGGCGUUUUGCGCCACUCUGAUCGUGCUGAUCGGACUGCUGUUCCUCGUGCUCUACGUCGCCCUCUACCGCGCCCCCUCGACGACGUCCAAGGCGAGCCUGGGCAGGUCGGCCGCCGUCGUGGUUCUUGGCGACAUCGGACGCAGCCCGCGCAUGUGCUUCCACGUAGAGAGCCUCGCAAAUGAAGGCUGGAAGGUCGCCGUCGUCGGCUACAAGGGAACCGUACCGCCGCCCCCGCUUCGCCGACCGUCGAUCAAGCACCACCACCUCCGCACCCCGCCCGCCUUCAUCACCCGCCUGCCUCGCUUCGCAUUCGCACUCGUAGCACCCAUCAAGGUCCUCUUCCAGAGCGUGUCCCUGUUCUGGGAACUCGCAGCGAGCGUGCAGCCGCCACCGGAAAUCGUCCUCGUACAGACGCCACCGGCGCUGCCAACCCUCUUCAUCGUCCGCCUCGUAUGCGCCCUCCUCGGCAGCAGGGUCAUCAUCGACUGGCACAACCUCGGAUAUACCAUCCUCGCCCUGCGAAUGGGCGAAAAGAGCCCGCUCGUACGGCUUGCAGAAUGGCUCGAAAGGAUCACCGGCCGCAACGCCUUUGCCCACCUCUUCGUCACGAAUGCCAUGAUGAAGCAUCUCGACCGGCACUGGGGGCUAAAGGGCAACAAGGCCGUCCUUCACGACCGUCCUCCGUCGCACUUUCGGCGAACUUCGACCCAGGAGGUCCACGAGCUCAUGUCCCGCCUCGCCCCGCAGAUCCGGCCCUCGCUCGAAGGAUUCUAUCCGAGCUACUCGCUGCCGGAGUCGACGCCCUUUACCCGCCUGCUCACGGAAAAGGAAAGGGCUUCGUACGAGUACCGGUCGUACGGCUCUUCGGAUGCGCUGAGGCCAGACUCGCCCGCACCAGGAACCUUGGACCGUGGCAGCAGCGAUGGGCGGCCGCAAGCGUACCUGCGCGAGGAUCGGCCUGCCCUCGUCGUCAGCAGCACCAGCUGGACGGCCGACGAGGAUUUCACGCUCCUCUUGCACGCCGCUCGCAUCUACGAGCGCAGGGCGAGGCAAGUCGCUGCCAUCGCCGAUUCCAACAGCAGCCGAACGCCACAGCGUCGCUACUCGACCCUCGUCGGCGACCAGAUCUACAGCAGUCCGACGCGGGAGCACUCUCGCACGCCGCUGGUCGACUCGUUCAGCUCGCUCUCGUCGCCUGCCUCCGAGCAGCACUCCCAGGACCUCUCGCUCGACGUCGAUGCGACGCGGACAAGCAAGGAGCGGCGCAGGCCGAGCUUCGGCACACUCAGGUCGGCCACGCUGCCCAACGAGCCCGCCGCUUCGCUGCCCAAGAUGGUCAUCGUGGUGACGGGCAAGGGCGAGCUCAAGGCGAGCUACGAGGCCGAGAUCCGGCGCCUCGAGACCGAGGAGCAGUGGGAAUGGGUGCGCAUCCGCACCGCGUGGCUCGAGUCGGAAGACUACCCCAAGCUGCUCGGCUCGGCCGACGUGGGCAUCAGCCUGCACUCGAGCUCGUCCGGGAUUGACCUGCCGAUGAAGGUGGUCGACAUGCUCGGAUGCGGCCUUCCCGUCUGCGCCCUCGACUUCAACUGCCUCGACGAGCUGAUCCACGACGGCCACAAUGGCCUCGUCUUCCGCGACGCCGAGGGCCUCGCGAGGCAGCUCGAGAGCCUGCUGGCGCUCCACCCGUCGUCCAACUGGCUGUUGAUGGGCGAGGGAAUGCAGAAUCCUUUCGAGCCACCGACGACGACGAGGAGCAACUCGGCCAACGCCAGUCCCAGGGUCAGCAGCGGCGGCUCCAGCGCAUGGCUCCAGCACAAUGCGGUUCCACCAAGCCCGAACUCUUCGUUCACGCUGCUUCAUAGCCCCGGCCUCGGCCCUGAUGGCUUCGCAGGCUGGCCAAGGGUGCAGAGGAGCAGGACGUCGACGUGGGAGGGCAAUUGGAAGACGGUGGUCCGGCCCAUUCUGCACGCCGCCGACCUCGAGCGGGAAAGGGAGCGAGAGAGGAAGAGAGGCAGUAGCCGCUCAGCUGCGGUGUCGGGACGCAGAGCGGGCUCGUCGAACGGCAACAGCUCUGCGAUCGGGCUCAACCUGCCCAGAGGAGAGCGACGCCAACUCUUGCGCAGAGGAUCAGCAAGCCGGGCCAGCGACGAAUCGGACGAGGACGGGAACGACGAGAUCGAUGCGGCCGGUGUGCGGCGGCAACCACACGGCUCGUCAUCGCCGGGCUUUUACCAGAUCGGCCAACGGAGCGGCGCCAGGGCGACCGAAGAGGCGGGCGAAGAGGUGCAGUCGCCCGUCGAGACCGAGGGGAUCGCGCACGCGCAGAACCUGCCGCGCUCGUCGAGGCUUCGGCAGCGCUUCAGCGUGCGGCAGACGCCCACGGCCUCGCAGCUCGCCGCCGAGUCGCUUGCGCUCGACCUGGAUCUCGACGACAAGCACGGCGAUGGCAGCCUCGCCUCUGCAGGACUGGGCGGCACGGCGAGAGAGUCCGGGAUCCCGCACAUUCAGGUGUCGCAUGCUGCCACCUGA